CGCCCCCACACUCCAGUCCAGUAGGUGGCGGUAAUGCACCUUUAACUGGUUUGCCAACCGCCAUUAAAACAAAAAGAAGAAGAAGCAGUAGAAGCAGAAGAAGAAGAAGAAGCAGAAGAAGAAGAAGAAGCAGAAGAAGAAGAAGAAGAAGAAGAAGAAGAAGACUUUAUAAAGUUCAGGAAAUCGUUGUUGUUUCACUGUGAUUACUGCUGAGUUCAGUCUGGUGUGAAUCCUACAUUUUUAAAUUCUCAUGAGGUGUCUGGUGAACUUCACCGCGUGUACUUCCGGAUAUCUAGAAGACCUGCCUUAAACAUAUUAAUGUACAUAUUUCUGUGUAGAAGGUUAAAGUAACUGAACAAAACCCAGCUUUACACUGUAAACUUCAUUCUGUGUGUGAGCGGACACUGUAAAUGGAGAGGCAUAUGAAGCUGAAGAGCUGACAGCAUCAAUAUGGCCUCUUCACAUCAAUCUGCCAGAGAGUAUAUUAGAGAUGCUUGUGAAAACCUGGUGGGACGGCUACAAAACCUUCCUCUUAUUGUUGAAAAACUUCACCAGCAGAAUGUUUUAAAUGGUAAUGAAGUUGGUGAUCUUGAGGAUGAACCUGAAAACUGCAGAAAAACCAGGAAGAUACUGGACUGGGUCAUAAACAAGGGUGAGGAGGCCUGCUAUAAAUUUCUCAGAAUACUGGAUUGUGAGAGGAAAUCAGUCUUGCCAAAGCCGGAUUCGUCUAGCCUGACUCCUGAUUUACAUACAUGGAUCUGCUUGUUCUCCUUUAGAGAUGAGCCUGAAGAUGAUUAUACUCAAGGACCCAGCUCAUGUCAUCAGCUGCAGAAGAUUUUGAAGACAAGGACAAAAGAAAGUCUAGGUGAACAGUGGAGGCAGAGCCAGCAAUUCUAUGGAGGAAAAGUACAAGAAAACUUCACCUUUAUUCCUCUGGUGUUGGAUACAGACACAGAAAAGAAUACACCCCAUAACAAAAUCAUACUUAAGAGCAAGAAAUCUAAAAAAUCCCGUUCAAAAAAGAUGAGGGCCUACAUACCAAAGGACACACAGAGAAAAUCCCCUGAAGAUUUGCUUAAUAGCGAGGAGAAAAGUAUCCUAAUAGUAGGAAAACCUGGAAUUGGGAAGACAACAGUUGUUCAACAAAUGUUGCAUCACUGGGCAGAGAGACAUGACCGAAACCUUGACUUCAUGUUUUACUUUGAUGAAAACACACUGUCAAAUACCUCAACUAUAGUUAGCUUAGAGCAUCUUCUGCUUCAGACAGUUUUAAUGUCAAAUCCACAGCUUAAAGAUAAUGUUGAAGAAAUUUUGCACUAUCUUCAAGAAUAUUCUGAAAGAGUCACCAUUAUUUUUGAUGGAAUCAGAGAUUUUCCAGACAAUGCGUUUCUUCUGGGAAUCAUACAACAUGACCUUCUGCCUGAAGCAAAGGUUGUGGCCACAUGCAGGCCUGAAGUAGAGUACGAGUUCUCUGACUGGACAACAUGUAAAGUCUACGUUCACGGAUUCAGUGAAGAGUCAAUUAAUGAUUUUUUUAGGACAAUGUCAGAUAAUGAUCCAGAGAUGGUAGACAGUGUGAUAAACAAUCCUGCACUCUUCAGUCUCUGCCAUGUCCCUAUGUAUGCUUUUAUGGUGGCAGCCUGCAUUUUAAAUGAUACUUCUGAACAAGCACAGAAACAGUGCACAGCUAGUGAGCUGUAUGUACGAAUAUUUUGUCAAUGUCUACAGAGACAUGGAAAAAAUAAAUUGCUGCACUUAGAUGGACACAUUAAAAACUGCAGAGACAUGGUCUUAUCUUUAGCAGAGAGUGCUUUCAAUGCAAUCAAGUUAAAAACUAUCAUCCUGGAGAUUGAUUAUGAUGAGAAAGACAUUGCUGGUGCUUUCUUGAAGACAGUCUCAGUCGUGUCACCAGCACGUGCAAAGACAUUUUGUGCAUUUCCUCACAACACAAUGCAGGAAUUUUUUUCUGCUCUGUGGCUUCUAGAAAAAACAGAAAUACUUGAUAAGGUUCUCCAUCUGUGCCAGAAUGAAGACAGUAAGCACAUGAAACAUGUAAUUCCUUUCCUCUGUGGGCUUCAGUCACACACCAACAUUGAUCAUCUGAAGUGUCUCUUUCCAUUGAACAAGGUCAUGGAAAAUAUUGAUAGCUUCUUUGAGAAGGUCUUAAACACUUUCCUCUGUGAUCAACCAGAUGAUGAAAAAGUUGACGUUGCCUUCAUAUGUCAGUGUCUAUACGAAUAUCAGUCUCCUGAAACCUGCUGCUCAUUUCUAGAGAGAAUAAACUAUUAUCUAGAUUUGAGUGAGGAACGUUUGGGCCCUUACACAUGCUGUGCUGUGUCCUAUGUAAUCAGCCAAUCCAGAAACAAACAGGUUCAUCUUGAUUUGGAGAACGGUGCUGUGUCACUCUCAGGGCUGAAGACAGUUCUCGACCAUUCUCAAUAUCUAAGGGAUUUAUCAGCAACACUAUGUCAGGUGUGGACAAUCGCGUUGAAGUGUGAGGAGCUGAAUUAUCUGAUACAUCUCCUGCAAUUAUGUGGAAAUGAGAUCCACAUCCCAGUGAGCAGUCAGACAGAUGUGCUUAGGCAAGCUGGAAAAAUUAUAACCCAGUAUGCAGAGCAAACAAAUCUCCAUCUACACUGUGAUAAAGACCCACGACAGUUCUCGGAUCUUCUCUUUAGUACAGUGUUCACAUGGCUGCCACACAUCAGCUCUCUCCAGUUUGACUCUAAACAGGGAGAGAAAGAACGAGAAGAGAGAUGUAGAACAUUUCUACUGGAUUUGUGUCUGCAAGCAGCUCUACACCAACCACAUAACAUCCAGGAGACAGUGGAGAAAGUGAUGACAUUUUAUUAUAAUGAACAGAGUGAUUUCCUGCUGGAUCUGUACUCACGUGUGAAGCAGUAUGAGAGUGAAACAGGCAGGAGAGUCCUUCCAGCAUUGCUGCCAGUUUACCAGUCAGGUCCUGCAGUCUGGUCCAUAAAGCUCUCAGAGAGAAAAGUCUCCCUCCUCCUAGAAGUGCUGAAACUCCAAACAGAGAAGAAACCAGUGGAGCUGAGAGACUGCUCAGAUGAAGAGAGUGAAGUGAGGAGUUUCCUUCAGUGUCUGCCCUACAUCUCACACCUCAGGUUUAAACGGUUUGACUCUAAACAGGGAGAGAAAGAACGAGAAAAGAGAUGUAGAACAUUUAAACUGGAUUUGUGUCUGCAAGCAGCUCUACACCAACCACAUAACAUCCUGGAGACAGUGGAGAAAGUGAUGCCAGAUAUUGAAGAUAUUGAAGAUGAAGACAAUUAUUAUGAAGUAAAGAGUGAUUUCCUGCUGGAUCUGUACUCACGUGUGAAGCAGUAUGAGAGUGAAACAGGCAGGAGAGUCCUUCCAGCAUUGCUGCCAGUUUACCAGUCAGGUCCUGCAGUCUGGUCCAUAAAGCUCUCAGAGAGAAAAGUCUCCCUCCUCCUAGAAGUGCUGAAACUCCAAACAGAGAAGAAACCAGUGGAGCUGAGAGACUGGUCAGAUGAAGAGAGUGAAGUGAGGAGUUUCCUUCAGUGUCUGCCCUACAUCUCACACCUCAGGUUUGACUCUAAACAGGGAGAGAAAGAACGAGAAGAGAGAUGUAGAACAUUUCUACUGGAUUUGUGUCUGCAAGCAGCUCUACACCAACCACAUAACAUCCUGCAGACAGUGGAGAAAGUGAUGACAAUUUAUUAUUAUUAUUAUUAUUAUGAAGUAAAGAGUGAUUUCCUGCUGGAUCUGUACUCACGUGUGAAGCAGUAUGAGAGUGAAACAGGCAGGAGAGUCCUUCCAGCAUUGCUGCCAGUUUACCAGUCAGGUCCUGCAGUCUGGUCCAUAAAGCUCUCAGAGAGAAAAGUCUCCCUCCUCCUAGAAGUGCUGAAACUCCAAACAGAGAAGAAACCAGUGGAGCUGAGAGACUGCUCAGAUGAAGAGAGUGAAGUGAGGAGUUUCCUUCAGUGUCUGCCCUACAUCUCACACCUCAGCUUUAAACGGUUUGACUCUAAACAGGGAGAGAAAGAACGAGAAGAGAGAUGUAGAACAUUUCUACUGGAUUUGUGUCUGCAAGCAGCUCUACACCAACCACAUAACAUCCUGCAGACAGUGGAGAAAGUGAUGACAAUUUUUUAUUAUUAUUAUUAUGAACAACAGAGUGAUUUCCUGCUGGAUCUGUACUCACGUGUGAAGCAGUAUGAGAGUGAAACAGGCAGGAGAGUCCUUCCAGCAUUGCUGCCAGUUUACCAGUCAGUUCCUGCAGUCUGGUCCAUAAAGCUCUCAGAGAGAAAAGUCUCCCUCCUCCUAGAAGUGCUGAAACUCCAAACAGAGAAGAAACCAGUGCAGCUGAGAGACUGGUCAGAUGAAGAGAGUGAAGUGAGGAGUUUCCUUCAGUGUCUGCCCUACAUCUCACACCUCAGGUUUAAACGGUUUGAUUCAGACUCUGAAUCCACUGCAUCCAUCCAGUUUUUACUGAAUCUGAGCAUCGCAGCAGUCGACUGUAAAUCAGAUAAAGGAGAGAGUUUUACUGAGCUUCUGGCAUCAGCGUGCAGCUACAACACAUUCCCUUUUGGUGAAGUGUAUAGAUUACAAGAACAACAGAGUGAUUUCCUGCUGGAUCUGUACUCACGUGUGAAGCAGUAUGAGAGUGAAACAGGCAGGAGAGUCCUUCCAGCAUUGCUGCCAGUUUACCAGUCAGGUCCUGCAGUCUGGUACAUAAAGCUCUCAGAGAGAAAAGUCUCCCUCCUCCUAGAAGUGCUGAAACUCCAAACAGAGAAGAAACCAGUGGAGCUGAGAGACUGCUCAGAUGAAGAGAGUGAAGUGAGGAGUUUCCUUCAGUGUCUGCCCUACAUCUCACACCUCAGGUUUAAACGGUUUGAUUCAGACUCUGAAUCCACUGCAUCCAUCCAGUUUUUACUGAAUCUGAGCAUCGCAGCAGUCGACUGUAAAUCAGAUAAAGGAGAGAGUUUUACUGAGCUUCUGGCAUCAGCGUGCAGCUACAACACAUUCCCUUUUGGUGAAGUGUAUAGAUUACAAGAACAACAGAGUGAUUUCCUGCUGGAUCUGUACUCACGUGUGAAGCAGUAUGAGAGUGAAACAGGCAGGAGAGUCCUUCCAGCAUUGCUGCCAGUUUACCAGUCAGGUCCUGCAGUCUGGUCCAUAAAGCUCUCAGAGAGAAAAGUCUCCCUCCUCCUAGAAGUGCUGAAACUCCAAACAGAGAAGAAACCAGUGGAGCUGAGAGACUGGUCAGAUGAAGAGAGUGAAGUGAGGAGUUUCCUUCAGUGUCUGCCCUACAUCUCACACCUCAGGUUUAAACGGUUUGAUUCAGACUCUGAAUCCACUGCAUCCAUCCAGUUUUUACUGAAUCUGAGCAUCGCAGCAGUCGACUGUAAAUCAGAUAAAGGAGAGAGUUUUACUGAGCUUCUGGCAUCAGCGUGCAGCUACAACACAUUCCCUUUUGGUGAAGUGUAUAGAUUACAAGAACAACAGAGUGAUUUCCUGCUGGAUCUGUACUCACGUGUGAAGCAGUAUGAGAGUGAAACAGGCAGGAGAGUCCUUCCAGCAUUGCUGCCAGUUUACCAGUCAGGUCCUGCAGUCUGGUCCAUAAAGCUCUCAGAGAGAAAAGUCUCCCUCCUCCUAGAAGUGCUGAAACUCCAAACAGAGAAGAAACCAGUGGAGCUGAGAGACUGCUCAGAUGAAGAGAGUGAAGUGAGGAGUUUCCUUAAGUGUCUGCCCUACAUCUCACACCUCAGGUUUGAUUCAGACUCUGAAUCCACUGCAUCCAUCCAGUUUUUACUGAAUCUGAGCAUCGCAGCAGUCGACUGUAAAUCAGAUAAAGGAGAGAGUUUUACUGAGCUUCUGGCAUCAGUGUGCAGCUACAACACAUUCCCUUUUGAUGAAGAGUUUGAUGAAUUCCAAGAACAACAGAGAGAUUUCCUGCUGGAUCUGUACUCACGUGUGAAGCAGUAUGAGAGUGAAACAGGCAGGAGAGUCCUUCCAGCAUUGCUGCCAGUUUACCAGUCAGUUCCUGCAGUCUGGUCCAUAAAGCUCUCAGAGAGAAAAGUCUCCCUCCUCCUAGAAGUGCUGAAACUCCAAACAGAGAAGAAACCAGUGGAGCUGAGAGACUGCUCAGAUGAAGAGAGUGAAGUGAGGAGUUUCCUUCAGUGUCUGCCCUACAUCUCCGAGCUCAGAUGUGGGGAAAAUAUAAUUCCACGUUUAAGUAAAGCAGUUGUUGACUGCACAGAAGAUACAGAGUUGGUGAGAGCUUUCUUUGCUGCCGUGGACUUCAUCUUCAUUAUAGACUGGGUUUUAACCACUCGUGAGUGCAGGGCUGUGAGGAAAGUGCUACGUCUCUCAGACUCCAAACUCAAACUCACUCUGAAACCCCGAGCCAUCUCUCUCCGAGGGGCCAGACUGCUCUUCAGACACAUCACACACCUACAGAAACUCUGCCUGAGUGACCGUGUGGUAGGGAGGAUGGUCCGAGCAUUUGGAGCAGUGAGAGCUGGUGGCUCGUUGGUCAUUGAGGAGCUCUGUCUGAGUCUUAACAGCAUAAACCCAAAGAAAGAGAUCUUCACAUUUCUGAGCAGUUUGUCUUCUCUCCUGAACAUCUGGACUGUUCACUGUGUGAAUCUCACUGAGUGCAGGAUGGAGGCUCACUCUCUCAUCAGCCUCAUGUGUCAUCCUGGGAAUUUAAAGAUCAGAUUAUCGAAAGAGACUCUCCAGCAGUUUACCAGUCUGCUGUGUGAGGUGCAGGAUGGGGAACUGACCCGCUUUUUCCUGGAGAAGGUGGGAGGAGACCUGACUUCCUGUUCUCUCAGUUGGGAGGAGCUUAUCCAUUUUCUCCAGCAGCGAGUUUGCCGCAUUAGUGCAAACAUCAGAAAGAGCAAAAUCACAUAUAAUCACAUCAGACAGAUUCUUCCUCUACUGUCUGAAAUUCAGUUUAAACGAUUGAACCCCAGUGUUGUGCUGUCAAUCAUCAGAGAGAUCUAUGAGACUGGCUCUGCUCACUGUGUGUCCAGUCUGUUGAGAUCAACACACAGCUGUAUCAACCUGAACAAUACAGAGCUGGACUCUUACCACUGUACUGCCCUGUGCUUCACCCUCCAACACUGUACUUCUGUCUCUCUGAGCCUGCUGUGGACCUCCAUACCAGAGGGGGAGCUGGUGAAGAUUCUGUCUCUGUUCAACGGAGUUUCUCAGCUCAGUGUUGACAGGGUCCUGUUGCUGAAGUUGCUCCACUGCUGCAGUAUCUCUGAGCUUCAGCAGGGGGCAGCAGCAGCAGUUUUCUCUGCUCUGCAGAACAGACUGGACUUCUCUUGUAGCACUGGUUUGGAUCUGAGCACAGAAACACAGGAUAACACUCUGCAUCUGACCACUGAGGACUGCAGAGACAUCAGCACUGCUAUUCAGCAAUCUCUCCAACUUACAGAGCUCAAUCUAAAGGACUGUGAGAUGGAGGACACUGGAGUGGACAUGUUCUUCCUCAUUCUACAUACUGUGAAACUGCGCUGUAGUAAAACUUUGUUGCUCCGGUUCCUGGCUCGUCUCCAGGUGGUGAAUGAGUUAGACUGUGUGAGGCAUGCUAUGUACCUCUCCCAGGCAUUGGAUGGAGAGAUGGACCUCAGUAAGACCCCUCUGGACCUCCCUGCCUGUAGAUCACUCGCGUUGUUUCUGGAAUUUUCUGAAGGUCUGUCAGAACUGGACCUCAGCCACUGCCAACUCGCUGAUCACAGCCUGGAGGUGCUGUUCCCACACCUGCAUAAAGCAGCUGUCCUGGACCUCAGUCACAAUGGCAUAGACGACUGUUUAGCAGGAAGAAUCUACACAGUUGUUUCCACUAGCAGCAACAUACAGACAGUUCGACUCUUCAACAACAGAAUUACUGAUAUCGAGCCUUUCCGAAAAGACAAGCGUUUCGAGGUCUGGUGAUGAGUGUGGACCAGUGUCCUGUUUUCACACUUCUCCCUAAACACUACAAGGAGUAAAGAAUGAAGCAUAGAGUCCUCAUUAUUUUAUCCUUGUUAUUCUAUUAUCUUAAUUCUAUUUUUUCUUAUUAUUUAAUUAUUGAUUCUGCUGUAACCUUUGUGUGUCCAAUUAUUUUAAAAUUUCAUGGCUUGUUAACAUGAUAUGUUAAAUGUCUAUUUUAUUUUUAUGUUAGUAUUUGAAAUUAUGUUUUGGGUAGGGACUGGAAGGAAAGGAAAAGUGUAUGUUAAUAAUAAUUACCCCCCCCCCCCCCCCAGAAUGUUAAUGGUAUUUUACAACAUUAAACAUGGAGUUGGGCCAAUACUGGACUCUUAAGUGUUUCUUAAUCUAAUGGUAUAAAUAUACAUUCAGUCCAUUGGGAAAAAUUCAUAUGCAAGACUAGCACUGCAUACAACAGCUCCAAUAAUUUCCUACAAAGAAAGCAUUGUUAUUUGAAAACUUAGAACCUACUUCCUGCAGAAGUCAGAUCACCUGUAGAGAAAAUUAUAUGCAUUUUAAGAUCAGAUGAUAUGGAGAGGAGGGGACACUAAUCAUGCACAACGUGUUUAUUUUAAAAUUGUAUAUGCUGCAUUUCAACAUUCUUAAAAACGCCAAGUAAGCAACACAUGCGGUUGUGUCAUUCUGCAAAAUCAGUUUAGCAUGAAAGGAAAGUGAUGAAGAGCAUGGGGCGUGCUUUAUGAACCUUUUGCUCAUGAAUCCUUAAAGAGAUAAUGAGGAUAAAGAGCUCAUGAGUGAAGGGAACAUACCAUGUGCCAGAUAAUGGUAGCUAAUAAUGAGCGCCUCCUCUCAGACAGGACCCACUCUUAUCAGGCACCUAUUAAUAAACCCAUAACUCUGUUUGUGUAAUAAUAGUGUAUUGUUUACCUCCUGAUCACAUCUUUAUUACACUGUUUUACACUCUUCCUCGCAGUGUAUGUCAUAUCCUGAGCAGGUAUGCAUGCAUGGGUUAUAGUAACUCUUUAGAAAACCGAUGGCUACUCACUGAGAAAACUUAUGUAAUAAUCCAAUUAUAUGGCACUGUAAGAACUCCUCACUGGACUGCAAUGCCCUCCUGAUUGGCAGAGGGUGACUCUCUCCAUACUCAUACUGAACUCUGCUACUCAUUAGGCCUGACUUGUUACACCUGGGUUUUUACCCCCUAUUUAAACAGCCUUGAACUAAGUCUCAUUGUUCACUCUUGAGCCAAUGUUACCUAUUGCCUGCUCCAAGCUAAGUCUGUGUAGUUCAUGGUUUUUGGGCCCUUGUGUCUGUUUGAUUUUCUUUUUUUCCUUUACUGUUGCUCUUUUUGUUAGUAAAGACUCUGUUGUGGAUUAUCUCUACCUCCUUACCUCGGAUUCAUUACUCAGUGACCUUGUACAUGAGAGACCCGGGUUUGACUCCCACCUAAGGAAGCCUCUUACAGGCACAAGGCAUGAGAAGGGGAGGAGUAUCUGUAUAAAGCUGGUGUAUUUCCCACAUGAUUUAGCAAUUAAUUUGCCCCACACGUUGAAGUCUCUUCAAUGGUGUCAGGAAGCCUUGGAUAAGCAGUGAACCCUACUAACCCCAAAAGCCAGUGGGCUAAAGGACUUUGUAACAAAUAACCACCUGGGUAAUGCCUGACAUACAAUUGUAUGCAAAGGUUUAGAUACCUCUGGCCAAAUUACAUAUUUUAUUGAUUUUUGAAAUUGACUGUUGACAACCACUGGAGCAAAUUAUUAAAAAAAAUAUAUUCCUGCAGUAAAUGGUUAAUGCAUAGCUACAUUAAAUUUGAUGAAUUACAAUCUAAACAUAAAUAAUAAUUGUGAUAUGC